AUGGCUACAUUUCAGAGAUUUCGUCUAGUACCUCUACGGGACGAGAAGCUGGAUGAAAAGGACGACUGGUCGGGGCUCAAGGAUGCUAAGGAAAGGAGGAAAAGACAAAAUAGGCUCAACCAGCGGGCUGCUCGCCGGCGGCAGAGAUUGAAUCUCGCCCAGGAGCACGAAUCAGAGACGACAACAGCCGUGGCAGCUUCUGCAAGCGAGCGCCAGAAGCCUGUAGUCCCUUCUCAUCAAGUUUAUUUCCCGCUUACUCCCGACCACAGAUUGCUCUACGUCAUUGUUCUCAAUGUCUCCCGAGCAGUCAUCACAAACUUCUUCAUCCUAAGUAGCAUCUCGCCGAUAGCCUCCACGAUGUGCGACGUCCGCCGUACCUUUUCGCUUAGCGACCUUAAGCUCGCUCCUCAAAACCUUGAUGGCACUCCCGCUAUCCCUCCAGCAUUCACACCUACGAGACUCCAGGCGGAGAUUCCUCACCCAGGCUGGAUUGACCUUUUCCCAUCGCCUCAGCUGCGUGACAAUCUUAUCCUCGCGGUAGAGGAGUUUAAUAUUAAUGAGGACGAAAUAUUGCAAGACUUGAUCGGGGAUAUAUUCGCAAGCAUUGGUUGUACACCAGACGACUUUCGUGCUUCACCAGAUGAUAGUAAAUCGACGCCAGACAAGGAGUCGUCGCCAGUUGUCGAGUUGGAUGAUGAGAUUGAGGUUUCUACGCCGCCACCUACAACAGUAGGGAUGACUCCAUUACAAGAGUACCGAUUAAGGACCUUUACUCCUGCGAGCUCGAGUUCUACAGAGCUCGGCAUUCUCUCAUGGUCAGAUCCAUGGGACAUAUCGGGGUGGGAAUUUACGGAGAAGUUCUUUACGAAAUGGGGAUACUUGCUGCAAGGGUGCCCAGAUGUGCUCAACGCCGCCAAUAAAUGGAGGACAUUGCGUGGCGAAGAUCCUCUGGUCCCUGUGGAGAUCUAG